AUGGGAGAUGACAACUACACAAGGAUCACAGAAUUCAUUUUCAUCGGCUUGAGAUACCACCAUAAACUACAGGUCUUCCUGUUCUUGCUCUUUCUGAUUUUUUACCUGGUUACUAUGACAGGAAACUUGGGUAUGAUCAUUCUUAUUCGUGUAGAUUCUCGUCUUCAUACUCCCAUGUACUUUUUUCUUAGCUACCUGUCAUUUGUGGACAUCUGUUUCUCAUCUGUUGUGGGCCCCAAGAUGCUCACAGAUUUCUUUGCAGAACGGAAGGCUAUCUCUUUUCUGGGCUGUGCUUUGCAGCAAUGGUUCUUUGGUUUCUUUGUUGCCAUUGAGUGCCUUCUCUUGGCAUCCAUGGCCUAUGACCGCUAUGUGGCCAUCUGUAACCCACUGUUGUAUACAGUGGCCAUGUCCCAGAGACUCUGCAUACAGCUGGUGGUCGGACCCUAUGCUGUUGGUUUCUUCAACACAAUGACUCAUACUACAGCUGCUUUCCGACUCCCCUUUUGUGGCUCCAACAUUAUCAAUCAUUUCUUCUGUGACAUGUCUCCUAUCCUUUCCCUCAUAUGUGCUGACAUAAGGAUGAAUAAACUGUUGGUUUUCAUUGUGGCGGGAGCUGUAUUGGUUGUCAGCAGCACUACCAUCUUAAUCUCCUAUUUUCACAUCCUCUUGACCAUCCUGAGGAUCCGCUCAGCUGAAGGUAGGAGAAAAGCCUUCUCCACCUGUUCUUCCCAUGUCACAGCAGUUUCCAUUUUGUACGGGACUCUCUUCUUUAUCUAUGUGAUACCAAGUGCCAUUUCUUCCCUUGACCUCAAUAAGGUGGUCUCAGUGUUCUACACAGCAGUGAUUCCCAUGCUCAACCCACUCAUCUACAGCCUGAGGAAUAAGGAGGUGAAAGCGGCAAUGGGCAGGACAGUCACUAAGGCCAAAUUUUUCCUCAAAAACUAA